GGUCACCGCCGUGCCCAUUGUCUGGGGAGGGGGCCCGAGGCUCGGCGGUCCGCACCCGAGGGGCCGAGGCGGCGCCGCGCUGCCGCCGCCUGGACGCAUUCCCGCUCGCCGCCGCUCACCUGCGCAGCCUUAAUGGACCGCAGCUCGAAGAGGAGACAAGUGAAGCCUCUGGCGGCUUCCCUGCUGGAAGCUUUAGAUUAUGAUAGCUCUGAUGACAGUGAUUUUAAAGUUGGAGAUGCUUCAGAUUCUGAAGGAAGUGAUCAUGGAAGCGAAGAUGCAUCAAAGGACAGUGGAGAAGGUUCCUGUACUGAAUCAGAAGAAAAUAUCUUGGAGGAGGAACCAGCAGAAGAGAAAGUAGAAGAGCAACUGCCAAAGAGCUCCACUGAAGAAGAAUUGCCAACAGCAGACAAAGAGGUAAUUAAAACUGAAAAGAAGGAACAAGAAGAUGAAGAAGAAAAGCCAAAAAAGAAGAAAGAAAAAGAGAAAGCAGCUGAAACUGAUCCUGUGGCUGAUGAACAAGCGAGUGAACCAAAAAAAUGGAAUUUGCGCAGGAACCGACCUUUAUUGGACUUUGUAUCAAUGGAAGAACUAAAUGAUAUGGAUGAUUAUGAUAGUGAAGAUGACAAUGACUGGCGGCCUACUCCUGAGAAGAAAAAAGGAAAAAAUGCUCUGCGAAAAGAAGGGAGUGAUGGAGAUAAUGAGGAUGAUGAAGAUGAUGGGAGUGGAAGUGAUGAGGAUGACAAUGAUGAGGAAGGUAACGAAGAAGAUAAUAGCAGCACAGCUAGUGAUGGAGGAUCCAAGAAGAAGAAGAGUAAAGUUCUUAACAGAAAUAAUGCAGAUGAUGAGGAACUGACAAAUGAUAGCCUGGCUCUUUCGCAAAGCAAGAGUAAUGAGGACUCGUUGAUCCUUGAGAAGUCCCAAAAUUGGAGUUCCCAGAAAAUGGACCAUAUUUUGAUUUGUUGCGUUUGUCUUGGAGAUAACAGUGAAGAUGCUGAUGAAAUAAUCCAGUGUGACAACUGUGGAAUAACAGUGCAUGAAGGUUGCUAUGGUGUUGAUGGAGAGAGUGAUUCUAUCAUGAGCUCAGCUUCAGAAAAUUCCACUGAACCCUGGUUUUGCGAUGCAUGCAAAUGUGGUGUCACACCUAGUUGUGAACUAUGUCCUAACCAAGAUGGGAUCUUCAAGGAGACAGAUGCAGGCAGGUGGGUCCAUAUUGUUUGUGCCCUCUAUGUUCCAGGAGUGGCAUUUGGAGAUAUUGACAAAUUGCGGCCAGUAACACUUACAGAAAUGAAUUAUUCAAAGUAUGGUGCCAAGGAAUGCAGUUUUUGUGAAGAUCCUCGUUUUGCCAGAACUGGAGUAUGCAUCAGUUGUGAUGCUGGGAUGUGCAGAGCUUAUUUCCAUGUGACCUGUGCUCAGAAGGAAGGCCUUCUCUCCGAAGCAGCAGCAGAAGAGGAUAUAGCUGAUCCGUUUUUUGCUUAUUGUAAACAGCAUGCGGACAGGUUAGACAGAAAAUGGAAACGGAAAAACUACUUGGCAUUACAAUCUUACUGUAAAAUGUCCUUGCAGGAAAGAGAAAAACAGCUUUCUCCAGAAGCUCAGGCUCGAAUCAAUGCCAGACUGCAGCAGUAUCGUGCCAAGGCAGAGCUGGCUCGUACUACCAGACCACAGGCCUGGGUUCCCAGGGAGAAGCUACCACGACCACUUACUAGCAGUGCUUCAGCCAUUCGCAAGCUUAUGCGCAAAGCUGAAUUAAUGGGAAUUAGUACAGACAUUUUUCCAGUUGAUACUUCGGAUACUAGUUCCAGUGUUGAUGGAAGAAGAAAACAUAAACAACCAGCCCUCACUGCUGAUUUUGUCAAUUACUACCUUGAGAGAAAUAUGCGCAUGAUUCAAAUCCAGGAGAAUAUGGCUGAGCAGAGGAAUAUCAAGGACAAAUUAGAAAAUGAGCAAGAAAAGCUUCAUGUGGAGUAUAAUAAGCUUUGUGAGUCCUUGGAAGAGCUACAAAAUAUGAAUGGAAAACUACGAAAUGAAGGGCAAGGCAUUUGGGCUCUGCUGGGUAGAAUCAUUGGACAGAAAUUGAACAUACCUGCAAUUUUACGUGCUCCUAAGGAAAGAAAACCAAGUAAAAAGGAAGGAGGAACACAAAAGACGUCUACACUCCCAGCUGUACUUUAUAGUUGCGGAAUUUGCAAGAAGAACCAUGAUCAACACCUACUGUUACUGUGUGACACUUGUAAACUCCAUUAUCAUCUUGGUUGUCUGGAUCCACCUCUUACAAGGAUGCCGAGGAAGACCAAGAACAGUUACUGGCAGUGCUCAGAGUGUGACCAGGCAGGUAGCAGUGACAUGGAAGCUGAUAUUGCCAUGGAAACCUUACCAGAUGGGACCAAAAGAUCACGGAGGCAGAUUAAGGAACCAGUGAAAUUUGUUCCUCAGGAUGUGCCACCGGAACCGAAGAAAAUUCCAAUCAGAAAUACGAGAACUAGAGGACGAAAACGAAGCUUUGUGCCAGAAGAAGAAAAACCUGAGGAGCGGAUUCCCAGAGAAAGAAGACAACGGCAGUCUGUUCUACAAAAGAAGCCCAAGUCAGAGGACUUAAGGACUGAAUGUGCUACGUGCAAAGGGACUGGAGACAAUGAAAAUCUAGUCAGAUGCGAUGAAUGCAGACUCUGUUACCAUUUUGGCUGUCUAGACCCUCCCUUGAAAAAGUCUCCCAAGCAGACUGGCUACGGAUGGAUUUGUCAGGAAUGUGACUCUACAUCUUCCAAAGACUCCGAGCCGUCAAAUGAGGUGGUCUCAGAGGCCCCAGGUAAUGUGGUACCCUCUACCUCAAGAAGUAGCUCUGAAGAGCUGGUAUCGGUGGCACAGAAACAUCCAGAAGAGGAAACCUUGAGAGGGGAGAACCAGUACGCUGAAUUCCCAAAUUCAGAACUCACUGUGAAACAACCCAUCUAAGUUACAUGUGGGAAGAUGAAAAUGAAGCUGAGGCUGAAAAUCCAUCUCAGGAACUGAAUUUGGAACAAAAAAAAUCAAAAAAAUAGGGGAUUGCUGUUCUUGUUUUAAAUAUUUGCAAGUUGUGUAACAGUGAUUAUAGUUUCUCAUUGUAAAAUUAACAACAAAAUUCUCAAUAAAGUCAUUGAAAUUUAAAUUCAUUCUACACUGGGAAAUUAAUUAUGUAGCUCCUGGUGAUAUUCGUGAUUAUAUUAAAAGCUGAAUUAUCAGAAGUGAGCACUGUACCAAUGAAUUCUAAAACCUUUUUGAACAUGGUAUAGAAAGCUGAUGGGUUAUUCAUCACUAAAAACACUUACUAAGCAAACAGUACAUUAUUUUUUUUUAAUUUUAUUUUAUUCUACCAAGCAAUAUUAUCCUUAAAGGAUAGUUAUAAGUCAGACACAUUUUGGUAUUUCUGAGCAAGAGCUUUGAUACUGAAAAGUCAGAUAUAUGUUAUGUUCUGAAGUUCUGAAAUUUCUUCUGAUCAAUGGUUAAAACAAGUGUUGCUGGGGAUCAGGUGAAGGCAAAGAUUUUGUGGUUUGUACAGUAUGUUUUCACAUAUAAUUAGUUUUACACCUUUAUGCCUUCUGUGAUUUCUAAUUUAUUUCAUAUUGUGUCAUCAUUUUCCUCCAUGUAAAACUUUUCCAUCUUCACAUGAUCUUUGUCGUUUAAUGAAUGCCACAUUUUUGUCUUGAUUGAGCCAACCCACCCAGUUCUAAUUCCUUCGUAAUGAUCUUUGCUUAUAAACAGCGUAAAAUAACUUCUUCCUGCUUCAUCAGAUCUUAAGUGAAUACUGAAAAUCUAAAAUAAAAAAAAAAUUCUUCCUAAAAAAAACCUUUCUGAUUUACUUCUGCUUUUUACUCUGUGUAGAUCACUUAAGUGGGAUGGUUAGCACAAGAAACUCAGAUGUAGGUUUAUAGCUGGAUAUUUUCACUUGUUGCAAUACAGAAAACAAGAAUAUGA